AUGUCAACAUCCGAAUCGGAAUUCGAAAGUAAUUCAUCUGAUGAUUCUGUGAAAGAUGAUAUUAUCGAUGAUCGAAUGAUUGACAUGUAUGAUGAUAAUAAUUAUGACAAUUAUUGUGAUUUCGACGACACUCACCAUUUUACAUCAUUAGGAAAUAUUAUAUUAGGAGAAGUUGUAUCUGACGAAUUCGAAGUUCCUUUAAUCGAUAUUCCUGAAAAUUAUUCUAUUCGUUUGGCCAUGCAUUCUGAACCUUGCUGUUCAACUAAUUCAAGUUUACCUAUACCAUUUCUUAAUGAUUCUAUUCAAUCGUAUUUGACAGCUCCACCACUCACUCGCCAAAUAGGAAGCACAGGAAAAUAUUGUGUAGCAAUUGAUCCAACAAUUGAUGAAUCUGGAAUAACAUCUUUAUCAACUCCUCAACUCUAUGUUGGUAAUAUACCUUCGGACACGAAAUGGUAUAAUCUUAAAAAUUGGUUCAUCAAACAGGGCUAUGGCGUCACUUAUGUUGAGUUGAAAAAGAAUAGGAAAGGUGCUCGUUAUGCUUUUAUUCGCUUUGAUUCUAUUCCAAUAGCGGUUGAAGUUCUAUAUAUAAGUGAAAGGAACAAAGCAGCCUUUAUUUUUAACGGCAAAAAAUUAGAUAUCAAACGUACUAAUCGAUCUUCUCAACAAGCUAGCACUAUUUUAUCUACUAUGAUAACAAACAUCGGUGCAGCUACAAGUACUAGUGUUAAAAUUACAAAUAUUCAUUAUGGAACACUAAUUACAGAAACAGCGAUGCAAAACAUACCAACAGCAAACGGCAUUGUUUCUAAUAUUGACCGAUUCGGCAUCAUUGCUCAUCGUCUUCUAAUUGAUAAAUGUAAAAGUUUUCAAUUGAAUAUCGAUAGUGAAAAGAAAAAACUAUCUAUCAUCGGCGAGUUAGACAUGAUGGUGAUGGAUGAUUCUGUUGUCACUACUCAACUGAAAUUUGAAUGGAACUUUCGAGAUUUGAAAGCUCGAAAGAUAACUCCAGUAUUAAUCAAUCAUAAUGAAGUGUUUUUACUCAUUGAAAUCAAACGACCUCCAAUCAUUUUAGAAAUAAGAAAUCAAAAUCACCCAAAAUGUGAUGGCUCGAAUGAGAAUCGUCUACCUGGCUAUGGACUUAUUGGUCAUGCCAAUGCAUGGAUCUUUAAAUUAUCUUCACUAAAUUUACGUGAUGAUUAUGUAAAAUUAUUCAAAGUUUUACGUCAUUAUAAUUUAUCACCACGACAAUUUUCUGAAUUCAAUAUCAUGCAGUUAAUUAGAACGGUAGAAGCUGCAAGAAAAAAUCUCGAAUCCGUUUCAUUAAUAUCUAACGAUGAAUGGAUAGAACAAAAUCAAGUGAAUGUAAAUAAUUUUCUUAAUUGUCGAUGGCCAUCAUAUCCUUUUGAAACAAAAUUUGAAAUUAUGAAACUUAUAUCAAAACAUAUCAUUACAGUUAAUGAUUUAAUUGUUGAUGAACACGCUGAACAUAUUUUAAAGAUAUGUACAAUUAAUACAUUAAUUGCUCUAACAGAUAAAAUUGUUGAGUUUGCUCCUCGAUGGUUUGUUACAACUUGUGAUAAUGAAGACGAAGAUUGGAAUUGUAAAGAUGAUGAAGAAGAAUCAACAGAACAACAAGAAAACCAAGUGAUAACUACUACUGAAGAUCUUUCGAAUAAUAAUGAUAAUUCAUUUAUUUCUCAAAAUAUUCGUUCAUGUACUACUGGAAAAUUAGUCGAUUUUGAAAAUAUAGAAAUAGCAUCAAUUACGACAGACAUGAAAAAAUUUUUGUCAGCACCAACAAAGUCUCAUCUUGGAACAUUUAGUCGUCUACUCAUUUCUGCAUUUGAGCAAUUACUCAAAAGAUUUGAACUUUGUAGAACAAAAACAACAGGAAUUUAUGUUACAAAACUUGAAUUACGUACUACAAAUGCUGAUCCAUUUUUAAUGCGUAAGAUAUACAUCACACCAUCAACAGUUCUUUAUGAAGGACCCUAUCGGGAAGAAAAAUGUGCUGUUACACGUCGUUUCGUACAACAUCAAAAUCGAUUUCUUCGUGUAACGUUUCGAGAUGAAGACUAUCGUGUAUUACGUAAUUACAAUGAUAAUAUGACUAAGAUUUAUGAGCGUAUCAAAAAAAUCUUGAUAAAAGGAGUUAAUAUAUGUGAUCGAAAUUAUGACUUUUUAGCUUUUUCAAGUUCACAAUUACGUGAACAUUCUUGUUGGAUGUUUGCUGCAGCUGAUGAUGGUACUACAGUUAAUACUAUUCGUGCAUGGAUGGGUGAAUUUCAAAAUGUUAGUCCUGUAGCCAAAUUAGCUGCUCGUUUAGGACAAUCAUUUUCGACAAGUAUCAAAGGUAUUCAACUUGAAAGUCGUCAAAUUAGAGAAAUAUCCGAUUUCAUACGAUUCGAAACAACUAGUGAAUGUAGACGUGAACAUUGUUUCACAGAUGGUAUUGGUAUAAUUAGACCAGAAUUUGCCAAAAGAUUAACACAAGAAAUGAAAUUGUCUGAAAAAAUUUGUCCUUGCGCAUUUCAAAUUCGUUGUGGAGGUUAUAAAGGCAUGGUCUGUGUGGAUGUUUCUGAUAAGAUUACUAAUCCCGAUGAAUAUGUUCACUUCCGUAAAUCUAUGAACAAGUUUACUGCAAAAGAAAAUAUUUCGAUUGAUGUUGUACGUACAUCACUUAAUCCUUCAGUUGCCUAUUUGAAUCGACAAAUUAUUCUUCUUUUAUCAUCGCUUGGUAUUGGUGAUCAAACAUUUAUGUCUUUGCAAGACCAUAUGUUACAACAAUUAAAAGCGCUAACAGAAAAUUGGCAAAAAGCAUGUGAAUCAUUAAAAGAAUUGAAUGAAUUCGGUGGAAAUGGAUAUCAUGGAUUUUUAAUUGAAUAUUUAAAAAGGCUACAUGAACGAAAAGAUCCAUUUGUUCGACAACUUCUUUUUGUUAUUAAAGCAUUUCUUGUUAAAGAAUUACGAACAAAAGCAAAAAUUCGUGUACCAAAUUCAUGGUCUUUAUUGGGAGUCAUUGAUGAAAGUCGAACACUUAACUAUGGUGAAGUUUUUAUUCAAAUAGAUAAUACUCAUCAACAAACAGAAAAUUCAACAAGAGAAAUUAUUCGAGGUCCCGUAAUAGUUACAAGAAAUCCAUGUUUUCAUCCAGGUGAUAUUCGAAAACUCAAAGCAGUUGAUGUACCUGCUUUGUAUGGAUUAAAAAAUGUAAUUGUUUUUCCGAUGCAAGAACCUCGUCCUCAUCCUAAGGAAAUGUCUGGUGGCGACUUGGAUGGAGAUACAUUCUGGAUAAGUCGUCAUCCAGAUUUAAUAUUUGAAAAAAACGAAGAUCCAUUUGAUUAUCAAGAUCAAGAAGACGAAGCUAACAAAAUACAAUUAGGAACAUUUGUCCAACAUACUAUUAAAGAUGUUUGUAACUUUUUUGGCGAAUAUAUUGCAGCCGACAAUCUCGGUCUUAUUGCUAACAGUCAUUUGGCUUUUGCUGAUCAAUUAGAAAAUGGUGCUAAAAAUGAAAAGUGCCUUCAGUUAGCUAAAAUGCACAGUGUGGCCGUCGAUUUCGCUAAAAAAGGCGUCAAUGCACCUCGCCUUACACAUGAACUUCGUCCUACCAAGUAUCCACAUUAUAUGGAAAAGCACGAUAAACCAACAUAUGAUUCACAAACAAUUCUGGGUAAACUCUAUGAUAAAGUUAUAUAUUACAGUAGUAAUUUGAAUAUUAAUGAAGAAGAAGAAAUCUUUGCUACAUCAGUAUUUCCUUAUGAAUCGUUUAUUAUUAAUGGAAAGGAUGAAUACGUGCAAGAUGCUCGCAUCAUUAAAAGUGAAUAUGAUAGAGAUAUAAAAAGAAUCAUGCGACAAUAUGGUAUCAAACAUGAAGUUGAAGUUCUUUCGGGUUAUAUUCUUAAAUUCACUUCAAAACAAUAUGCAAAAGAAACUAAAAUUUUCGAUUUACGAAAUGAAAUUACACAUACAUAUAGAGUCAUACAAGAAAAGAAACAAAUAUUAUUUGACGACAAGGAACAAAAAAAAUCUCGUCGUACGAAUAAACAACAAUCAGUACCCGAAGACAGUGCUUCUCGAUAUGAACAAAUUAUUGAACGGAUUGAACAACUUGAUCUUAUUAAUGAAUCAAAGGACUUCGAUGCGGAUUCAGGUGUAUCAUCGUUGAAAACAUCAUCUGGUAAAGUAAUUACAUCUCCAUCAAGAACAACUGUAACAAUUGAUGAUGAAUUUGAUAAUUCAGAAAAUUUUCACACAAGAAAUUCUUCGCAUACGGAUAUAGAUGAUGAUCGUCGUGAGUCAGAUUUCUCAUUUAUGACGAAUUUUACACAUGGUAUGGAAUUUAAUGAACUUUGUACGAAUUCUCGAAUCAGUAGUCGCACAUCAAGUAUGAAUAUUCCUCCUCUUAUAUCGCCAAAAGUUAGUACUGCUUCAAAGCAAUCAUCGAGUUCAGCAUCAUCAAAUACCAUUCCUAGCGAAACAAAAGAAAAACAUGGUGUACGAAAAUUGAUACAAAAAAUCUUUAAAUCAUCAUCAACUACAUCAAAAACUCAAGGAAAUACAGGAACACGCGUGAACAAUCCAUCGCAAAGUUUAACAUUAAAUAUCGAUCAACAGCGUGGUACAGCCUAUCCACCAUUGAGUCCAUUACCUGUUACACAAGGUCCAAUACGAUUAUUAGUACUUCGACAUGGUGAACGGCUUGAUCGAUAUUAUUCAUCACAAUGGUUAAGACAAGCAUUUGACAAAGAUGGAAAUUUUUGUCGAUUUUCCCCUAUUUUACCAGAAGCAUUACCAUUUCGUGCUUCGAUUCGUGAUUUUGAUCUUGAUCCACCACUUACUUAUAAGGGUCUUAAAGACGCUUUUCAUACAGGAACUGUAUUAAGAGAAAAAGCAAUUAAUAUUACUUAUUGUUAUGCAUCUCCAUCACUUCGCUGUGUGCAAACAGCAGCAAAACUUCUUGAAGGUUUACAAUUACAGAAUAAAAUCAAAAUUCGUAUUGAACCAGGUUUAUUUGAAUGUACUGGUUGGUAUACAGCAAGUGAAACAAGUACUGUUGUAACAAUGCCUAGAUUUAUGACAAAAAAGGAACUUUUGGAGAAUAAAUAUCCUAUUGAUAAAAAUUAUCGUGAACAAAUGACGAUGGCUGACAUAUCUCAACUUGAAAAUGAAUUAGAAUUUUAUCAACGUAGUCAUGCUGUUACAGCAAGUAUACUUAAAAUGCAUGAACAUGAAUUUAUUACACAAAUACAACAAGGACAAAUCUUACCACAACAAUAUUGUCAUAUUUUAUUUGUUGCACAUGCUCCAAGUUUAGAAACAUGUACACGUAAACUAUGUGGUGGAAAAUUUCGUCCUGAUACAUUACCACAUGUUAUUCGAAAUGUUGAUUUUCUUACAAUGACAGUAAUUGAAAAGACGGAUAACAAUGCUGAUAAAUGGAUAUUUCGUCGAAGUUCAUUUUAUGGCGAUGAAUUUUAA